AUGUUCGAGAAAAAGUUCAACAUUGAAGUACAAACUUUACAGCCUUUACGUGAGUUUCUUGCACAACUGAAAGAAGAAGGUAGUCAGCCACAACUUAUAGACUUUCAUUAUGAAUUUAAUGAAAAUGAAGAUGGAACACAUGACUGUCAGUUUGUUAUAUAUUCACCAUUCAAUGAAGUAGCUAAAAAGAAAGAAAAUCCAUUACGUAUAAGAUUUCAAAUCUCUGAACCAAGUGAUGAUUUCAAGAAUGUUUUCAAUUAUGAUGCAAUGCUUCCGAGGAAAAAUGAAUUUUCAAAGAUUGUAACACCUGGCAUUUGGGAUAGAAAGCAAGCUAUAUUAUAUUCAAACUUAAGUAA